AUGAACAUAAUGCUUCUUUUGCUCAAUAUUUUUAUUACAUACUUUAUGUUUGCCUCAGGCGUCAUCAAGACAGAAGAUUUCAAGUUGGAAUAUCCAACUUCGAUUAGCGAUUUGCCUGCAAUCGAAGUACAUGGAGACAAGUUCUUCAACAGCAUGACCAAUGAGCAGUUUUUCAUGAAAGGAAUUGCAUAUCAACCUAGCUACUCCAUGAACGAUCUGAAACUCUUGGAAGGGGGGGCAAUGGACACAAAAUACAUCGAUCCGCUCGCGUCUCCGGAUUUGUGCCUCAGAGACAUCCCACACCUGGUAGAAUUGGGAGUGAACACAAUUAGAGUAUAUGCUAUUGAUCCCACCAAGUCACACGAUGUCUGCAUGAAAGAAUUAGCCGCGAAUGGAAUUUAUGUUCUGCUGGACCUUUCCGAGCCCGACAACUCAAUUUCAAGAGACUCUCCAACGUGGGAUGUGUCGGUUUACCAAAGGUACAAGGACGUGGUUGAUUCAAUGCAUCAAUACUCCAACGUGUUAGGGUUUUUUGCGGGAAAUGAGGUAACCAAUGAUAUAACAAACACCGACGCAUCGCCUUUUGUGAAGGCUUCGAUACGAGAUAUCAAAGGCCACAUUAGUGAAAACGGCUAUCGAUCAAUCCCUAUAGGAUACUCAACGAACGAUGAUAUUGAAACCAGAGAAAACUUGGCACAGUUCUUUAUUUGUGGCGAUUCCGUCGCUGACUUUUAUGGAAUCAACAUGUAUGAAUGGUGUGGGUAUUCGUCUUACCAUAGCAGCGGUUACGACCAGCGAACUAAGGAAUUCAAAGACUACCCCGUCCCAAUAUUCUUUUCGGAGUUUGGAUGCAACUCUGUGCGGCCACGUCCCUUCACCGAAGUUGAGGCGUUGUAUGGCCCACAUAUGACCAAGGUGUGGUCUGGAGGACCGGCAUACAUGUAUUUCGAGGAAGAAAACAACUACGGAGUGGUAAAAAUAGAUGAAGACAACGAGGUCGUUCACUUGAAGGACUUUGAUUUCCUCAAAGACGAAUUUUCACGGGCCAAACCAAAAGGGAUAACCAGAGAAGAACACACCCGCAAACAGGGCUCAGAUCCGCGAAGAAAAAAGCGGAGAGAGUGUCCUGCCAUUUCCAAAACUUGGAAGGCCGCAGCUACGAUCCCUGAUACUCCUAGUCAGACAAAAUGCUCAUGCCUCGAAGAGUCACUGCCUUGCCUCGUCCAGCCGUUCCAUGACCCCUCGCGCUACAAAGAUUACUUUGAGUAUGUUUGUAGCCAGGUGGAUUGCUCAGAUAUCAAAGCUGACGGCGAGAAAGGGCAAUAUGGGGAAUUCUCCGACUGUAGUACCAACCAGAAACUUGCACUUGAAAUAAGCAAAAUGUACUAUUUGGACCCAAAGUCAAGCGGCACAUGUCCCAUAGUCGACGGGCAGAUACAUUACAACACCAAAAGUAAACAGGCGCCGCAGGACAAAAGAUGUGCCGCCAUUAUUAAAACCGUCAGAAGCGCAUCGAAAGCGACUAACGGAGAUACGCGCCAAUUGCAUCAGAACAGCAACGAAAGGGCGUCAUCCGGAAGUCGUAAUGCAGCGAAGUGGUUUUCAUUAACACUCGCACUUGGAAUAUUGAUGUUUUCAUUUGUAUAA